GAAGUCCAAAGUUUCUUUGUCAUUAUGGCUUUGAUUUCUGUGCCAUGGAUGCUUCUGAUUAAGCCGUUUGUUCUUAGAGCCAAUCAUCGGAAAUCCCAGCUGCAGUUAUCCAUGAGCCAAGCAGAUGCUGCGGAGGACAUUGAAGGUCACAGCUCUGGCCCUUCCAGCACUUCUGGUCAAAGUACUUCAGCAGGUGCCCACGGGGCCCAGGACGACCACGAGGAAGAGUUCAACUUCGGAGACGUCUUUGUCCAUCAGGCCAUCCACACCAUCGAGUACUGCCUGGGUUGCAUUUCCAACACAGCCUCCUACCUCCGGCUCUGGGCCCUCAGCCUGGCACAUGCACAACUGUCUGAAGUGCUCUGGACCAUGGUGAUGAACAUUGGCCUCCGCCUGCGAGGCUGGGGAGGACUCGUCGGGGUUUUUAUCAUUUUUGCCAUAUUUGCUGUUCUGACGGUAGCCAUCCUUCUGAUCAUGGAGGGCCUUUCCGCUUUCCUGCACGCCCUGCGACUGCACUGGGUGGAGUUUCAGAACAAGUUCUACGUUGGGGCUGGUUACAAGUUUUCUCCGUUCUCCUUUAAACACAUCCUGGAUGGGACAGCCGAGGAGUAGGUGCCGUCUGUCCUCCUGCCUGGGCGUCUGCACCAGUAGAAGCUCAGCCUCGUCUUUGCUGUCAGCCCGUGCAGGGCGGUCAGUGGCAGGUGGCUAACCUGAAGCAUGAAGCUCUGUAUUAUUUGGUUAUAAGCCUCGGGAUUUGAUAAGACUUAACCACGUUGUAGAGGAAUUACGUGGGCAAGACAUUUUUCCUUCCUGUGGGGUCUUAAUUUUCAAGUAACAUGAUUGGGAAGUGAGGGGCAGUACCAAACUGAUGUUUUCUUGUAAUAUUUUCAACAUUAUAUUCAAGGAAAUAAAUAUCUGGGUCAUGCA